AUGCCGCUGCCUCCCAACGUCCACGUCUCCUCUCACCCCUGUCUCCAGGCCAAGCUCUCGCAGUUGCGCUCCAAAUUCACCUCCACCCGCGAGACCCGCGAUCUCGUCAAUGAGAUUGCUACUAUCUUAGGCGUCGAGGCCUUUGCAGCUGGUCUGAAAGCCACCCGUCGUGGAACGGAUCAAACCCCGUUAGGCCUCGAAUAUGAAACCCAAGAUAUCGACCCCACCAACGUGGCACUGGUGCCCAUUCUCCGGUCAGGUUUGGGCAUGAUCGAGGCGAUCAACAAUCUCCUCCCUUCCCCUGUUCCAAUUUAUCAUCUGGGUCUCUUCCGAGAAAGUUUCUCCCUGCAGCCCGUCGAGUACUACAACAACUUGCCCUUCCACCGUCAGACGUCAGACACCAACACGGCCGCCGCCGAGAUCGCCGUGCUUCUGGACCCGGUCAUCGCUACUGGAGCCACCGCUGAAGCGGCCAUUCAUCUUCUGCGCGAAUGGGGCGUUAAGAAGGUGGUGAUGUUGGGCGUUCUGGGCUCGGAACCUGGCGUGAAUCGUGCCGUCCAGGCCUGGCCGGAAGGCGUGGAAUUGUGGGUGGGCGCCGUGGACAAGCAGUGCAAUGAGCGCGGCAUGAUCGUGCCUGGAUUGGGAGAUAUCGGGGACCGACUAUUUGUUGCGAUGGGCAAAUGA